AUGACCAUCGCUGCUGCUUCGAAAGUUAAACGUGACUUAUCUUCAGAUGAUGAUGACGACGUCCCACUGUCCCAAACCUUGAGGAAAAGAAAGAUUGAUUCCGCCAGUUCUGCCUCUUCCCAUGACGAUGCUGACCCUUAUGACAGUGAUGAGGCCAUCUCUAAAAUUUCAAAGAAAAAAAAAACCAAAAGAAUAAAGACUGAACCAUUGUCAUCGCCACCGUCGCCAAAAAAGAAAACUACGACACCAAAACCUAAGAAGAUCAAGAAGGAAAAUAGCGAUGUCAAGGUAAAGGCAACUAAGAAGAAAAAAGAACAAAAGAAGAAACAGGAAGAAGAGGACCAAGAGGCGGAAGACCAAAAAUUAAAGGAUGAAGAGGACGAAUAUAAAUGGUGGGAAAAGGAAAACGAAGAUGACACCAUAAAAUGGGCCACGCUCAAACAUAACGGUGUCAUAUUUCCUCCACCGUACCAACCUUUACCAUCUCACAUUAAACUAUACUACGACGGCAACCCAGUAGACCUACCUCCACAAGCUGAGGAGGUGGCCGGGUUCUUCGCUGCGUUAUUAGAAAGUGACCAUGCCAAGAAUCCUGUUUUUCAGAAAAAUUUCUUUAACGAUUUCUUACAGGUGUUGAAGGAAAACGGUGGUACCCUAAAUAACGUUGAACUAAAGGAGUUUUCUCGUUGUGAUUUCACCAAGAUGUUCGACUAUUUCCAAGUGCAAAAGGAACAGAAAAAGCAAUUGACAUCUCAAGAAAAAAAACAGAUCCGUUUGGAGAGAGAAAAGUUUGAAGAAGACUACAAAUUCUGUGAGUUGGAUGGCAGGAAGGAGCAAGUAGGGAAUUUCAAAGUAGAACCCCCCGAUUUAUUUAGGGGCCGUGGUGCUCACCCCAAGACCGGUAAACUGAAAAGAAGAGUUAAUCCUGAAGACAUCGUUUUGAACCUAAGCAAAGACGCUCCUAUCCCACCUGCCCCAGAGGGACACAAAUGGGGGGAAAUAAGACAUGACAACACCGUCCAAUGGUUGGCCAUGUGGAGAGAGAAUAUCUUCAAUUCCUUCAAGUACGUCAGGUUGGCGGCAAAUUCAUCGUUAAAGGGUCAAAGUGACUUCAAGAAAUUUGAGAAGGCAAGACAACUAAAAUCUCACAUCGACGCCAUUAGAAGAGACUACACAAGAAACUUGAAGAGUAAAGUCAUGCUAGAGCGUCAAAAAGCUGUUGCCAUUUAUUUGAUUGACGUCUUUGCCCUAAGAGCUGGUGGUGAAAAAUCUGAAGAUGAGGCUGACACCGUGGGGUGUUGUUCAUUGAGAUACGAACACGUUACUUUGAAACCCCCAAAUACUGUUAUUUUUGAUUUUCUUGGUAAAGAUUCCAUUAGAUUCUAUCAAGAGGUGGAAGUGGACAAACAAGUUUUUAAAAAUCUAACAAUCUUCAAGAGACCACCCAAGCAACCGGGUCACCAAUUAUUUGACCGUCUAGACCCAUCCAUACUGAACAAGUAUCUGCAAAACUAUAUGCCGGGACUGACUGCCAAAGUUUUCCGUACUUACAAUGCUUCCAAGACCAUGCAAGACCAGUUGGAUUUGAUUCCAAAUAAAGGUUCUGUGGCAGAGAAAUUACUGAAGUAUAACGCAGCUAAUAGGACUGUCGCUAUCUUAUGUAACCAUCAAAGGACUGUCACCAAAGGGCAUGCACAAACGGUGGAAAAGGCCAGCAAUAGGAUACAAGAACUAGAAUGGCAAAAAGUUCGCUGCAAAAGGGCCAUUUUACAGCUGGACAAGGGUCUCUUGAAAAAGGAACCAAAAUAUUUCGAAGAAAUCGAAGAUUUAACAAAAGAGGAUGAAGCUACCAUUCAUAAAAGAAUUAUUGACAGAGAAAUUGAAAAGUGCCAGCGGAAAUUUGUUAGAGAAAAUGACAAGAGAAAAUUCGAAAAGGAAGAGUUAUUGCCCGAGACUCAACUAAAGGAAUGGCUAGAAAAAGUUGAGGAAAAGAAACAGGAGUUCGAAAACGAAUUGAAAACUGGUGAAGUCGAAUUGAAAUCAACUUGGAGUUCAGUGGAAAAGAUAAAAGCACAAGUAGAGAAGUUAGAACAGCGUAUUCAGACUAGUUCCAUUCAAUUGAAGGACAAAGAAGAAAACUCCCAGGUUUCUUUGGGAACUUCUAAAAUCAAUUAUAUCGACCCAAGACUUUCGGUGGUAUUUUGCAAAAAAUUUGACGUUCCAAUAGAAAAAAUUUUCACAAAGACUUUAAGGGAAAAAUUCAAAUGGGCCAUAGAAUCAGUAGAUGAAAAUUGGAGAUUCUAA